AUGUGGCACAUUUCCUCCGAUGUAAGACCCCUGCCCAGAUCAACCAUGAAGAAUUGCGAUGAUUACAAUGAUGUCAUAGGAUGGAUAACCUAUCAGAUGGAGAUUAAUGGAAAAUUGAAAAAUUUUCAGAAAAAUUUGGGAAUUCUAAACGAGUCCCUUAACGAAAAAGCAUCUCUGAAAAAUUGCUGCUUUUACGAGAACAGGACUAUGGAGAUAAUAAUCAAUGACAUUAAUAAAAUUUCUAGAGCCAAUGGCAACCAAGAUGGAGAGCCUUUAAAGCCAACCGGAGACAUGGGCAAAGAUCUGGAUAAUAUUUUGCCCAGAAUGAAGCAAAUAGUUUCCAAAGGAUUCAAAAGUUGUUGUAAAAAUCUUCAAGAAUUUAUGAAGAAACUUGAAGAAGACUUACAGAAGCAGUUGGAAGAUCUUAAAAAGAAACUGGAAUCAACCACUGACAAUUCCAAGGGUAAAGAAGAUCUAGAGAAGAAACUCAAAGAGCUGCAGGAUCAUUCGAACGAGCUUAAGGAUCGUUUGGAAAAAUUAGAAAAGCAGUUGUCCGAAAAGGAAAAUUCCGAGUCAAAAUGUUGUGCUGAGCUUGAUGGAAAAAUUAAGGAUCUCGAGAGCCAAAUAAAAACAGCCAAAAACCAAGCCGAUGACAAAGACAAAAAUUUGGAGAAUAAAUUAAAAGACUUCAAGGACAAGCAACAGGAUCAAGAAACCCAAAUGAAGGACCUAAAGAAAAUCGUUGAAAAUCGAGUGGAAAAAAUUAAAAAUUUAACACUAAAGUGUGAUACAAAUUGUAAUCCUGAAUCUGGGAAAAACAAUAACCUAUCCGAGUUGGAGUCUAGAUUUGAAAAGCUGGAAAAUCUUAUAUUAAAUAUUUCCAAAAAUUAUGAUAAAAGCAACUCGGGGUCAUCAAAUGCCAAUGUAAUUGUAAACAUCAAGGUUUGCGAAGAAAAUGCCAAAACCUUACAAAUAAUUGAACAGCUUCUUCAAAACCUGAUAAAUUCCAAAACACAACCGAAUAAUAAUGAAAGUUGCAUUCAAUUGAAUAAUUAUAUAAAUGAUCUGAAUGAGCAAAAAAAGCAUAUAGAGGAAAAGCUGGAGAAAAGUAAAAGCUGUUGCAAGGCAAUAAAAAAACUUAAGGAAAAAACUGAAAGGUUGAAAAUUGAACUAAAAAACAGUGUUGAAAAAUAUGAAAAGCACAUAAAUGAAAGUGAUUCUAACUAUAAUAAACUUAAAGAUCAUCUAAAUGAAAAAUUGGCUCAGCUGGAGGCUUUGAUUAAAAAUUUAACACAGGGCAACCCAUCACAAAGUAAUACGGAUCUUUAUGAGAAACUGAAGGCUAUCCAAACGGAGGUGGCUAAGUCUCAGGAAACGUUGAAAGAAAUUCAAAACCAACUCAAGAAAUUAUCCAACCCAUCUAAAAAUCAAACCGAAACAAUCAACAAAAAGUAUAAUGACUUGACCGACGAGUUACUGAAGCAGCAACAGAAGUUCGACGAACUUCAAAAUAAAAUUGUCCUUCGAGUGGAAGCUCUAGAAAAUAAAAUCAUUCAAGAGCACUCCAAUUCGAAUAAUGCCAAUGAGCGGUUGAAACGCCUGGAAAACCUCUAUGACAGACUUCGUCAGGAUCUGGAUAAAGCCCAAAAGAAAUUUCAAGUCCUAAAUAACCUCGAACAGCUGGGUAAAGAUGCCCAGAAUAGGAUUGUUAAGCUGGAAGAAUUCGUGAAUAAGUGCCGAAGCAAAUGUGAGCAGCUUAAUAAGUUGGACGAUCUGAUUGAUAAAAUAGAGGACUUGGAAAAGUUGGCUAAGGUUACCAGACGACCACAGAAACCAGUUUCUCCAACUCAUAAUCAAGCCGGGAAGACCUCCGGUAAAUCCCAAUGA